AUGGCGGUGUUCGAGUGGAGCAAGAGAAUGAUUUGUUCGUGUGUAUUGGCUCUCUUCGUGUUCAGCUUCAUUGCCGAAACACGAACUGCACCAACAGCACUCGAUGACCCCGAGGAAGUUGCUUCCAUGGUCUCCAUUAUCAUCCGAAACAGCACUGAAAGAAAGCUCAUGCAACUCCGGGGGUCACCCUCAUCAUGUGUAACCGGGAAUGCCAUCGACGACUGUUGGCGAUGUGACACCAACUGGUUAAACAAUCGCAAGCGCCUCGCGGCCUGCGCCAUUGGUUUCGGCAGGAACGCAAUCGGCGGCCGCGACGGGCAGUUCUACGUUGUCACUGACCCUAGUGACAAUGAUGCCGUCAACCCUAGAGCUGGAACUAUUCGUCAUGCUGUAAUACAAACCGAGCCCUUAUGGAUUGUGUUCCAGCGUGACAUGGUGAUCCAGCUCAAGCAGGAGCUCAUUAUGAACAGCUAUAAGACCAUUGACGGCCGAGGAGCCAAUGUUCACAUUGCGAAUGGAGCAUGCAUUACGAUCCAAAACAUCAAGCACAUCAUAAUACAUGGCCUCCAUAUCCAUGGCUGCAGGCCUACGGGGAAUGCCUUGGUGAGGAGCACACCGUCACACUUUGGUUGGAGAGGAAUGGCAGAUGGUGACGCCGUGUCGAUUUUCGGGUCCAGGGACGUGUGGAUUGAUCACAACUCGCUAUCCAAGUGUGCCGACGGCCUCGUGGAUGUUGUCAUGGCCUCAACUGCAGUCACAAUCUCGAACAAUGACUUAUGGCACCACAAUGAGGUCAUGUUGUUUGGUCACAGCAACUCUUAUAAGGGAGACAAGGUCAUGCAAGUGACUGUUGCUUACAAUCACUUUGGGGAAGGACUACGGCAAAGGAUGCCACAUUGUAGGCAAGGUUAUUGUCAUGUGGUGAACAAUGACUACAGCAGUGGCUGGGGAAUAUAUGCCAUCGGCGGAAGUGCAAACCCUACCAUCAAUAGCGAAGGCAACCGAUUUGUGGCUGAUCCGAAAAGGUACCCUUAUUCCAAUCAGGUUACCAAGAGGACAUCAGGUGACAAGUCGGAGUGGAAGAACUGGAAUUGGAGGUCUAAAGGAGAUUUGUUCUUGAAUGGUGCCUACUUUGUUGAGUCUGGGGCAACCGGAGCUAACUCGGAGGCCUAUGCUAAGGCCUCGAGCGAUGUCAAAGCUCAGAAAUCAUCCAAAGUCAGAGCCAUAACUUCUGCUGCCGGCGCACUCGUCUGCCGGAGAAACCGUAUGUGCACUAGGAAAUAG